AUGUGGCCCUGCCUGCUGCUUGCUCUGGCCCUGCUGGGCACUGUCCCUGCCAGUCACCCUGCCCCCCACCAGGUCCAGGAGCUACCUGCUGCUGAGACUGCCCAGCUGCGCUACACCGUGGUGAACAAGCUGUGCACCUAUGCGUCUGCCCAGCGCUACUGCCAGGCUGUGUACCGGGGCCAGCUGGCCUCGGUGCACAGUGCUGCCCGCAACCAGGAGCUGAAGAAACUGGCAAAAACCUACAACAGCAUCAUCUCACCCUGGAUUGGAGCUGUCACCAGCUGCAGGGCAGGGAAGUGGGAGUCCUACUGGGAGGACUCCAGCCCCUGGAACUACGCGAAUUGGGCGCCCACCCAGCCCUCGCACAAAGUCACCACCUGCACCACCCUCAGUGUCCGAGAUGGGCUCUGGCGAAGCCGCUUAUGCUUCCUGAUGCACCCCUUCAUCUGCCAGUACUGA